AUCCGAACAAACAAAGCACGUAAAUUGAGUUCGUAUAAAAAAAAACCACCCACCCCUUAGAGCAUCUGUCUCCAUCCAACUUUUCACGAAAUAUCUUCCUUCACAGUUCCCAUAUAUCCGUAUGAAAAAAACAACGACAUCCACCAUCCCCAUCAAAACCCUCCAUUUUUGAUAGAUCACAAGGACACAGUACUAGCUAAUUUAUCACACAAAGGGAGUCAGAGAAUGAGGAAUCUAUCCUCAAGGAACUCAACAAGGAGCAGGAGUACACCCACACCAUGUUGUAGCAAAGUAGGUAUAAAGAGAGGACCGUGGACACCUGAAGAAGAUGAGCUCUUGGCUAACUACAUCAAGAACGAUGGUGAAGGGCGAUGGCGUACCCUGCCAAAGCGGGCAGGGCUUCUUAGGUGUGGUAAGAGCUGCCGCCUCCGAUGGAUGACCUAUCUCAGUCCUUCUGUUAAGAGAGGACGUAUUGCUCCAGAUGAAGAAGAUCUCAUUCUUAGGCUUCAUAGGUUGCUUGGUAACAGGUGGUCUUUGAUAGCCGGGAGGAUACCAGGACGCACAGAUAAUGAGAUCAAGAAUUACUGGAACACCCAUCUGCGCAAGAAGCUCAUUAGUCAAGGAAUUGAUCCAAGGACCCACAAGCCUUUAUACCCUAACCCUAAUUCAUCAGAGAUUGCCAAUAUUGCUCCCACCCAAAACUCCAACCCUAAUUCUUUUCCACUAGAAGAGAAUGCCAGGGUCGAUCGAGCUACAGCCACUAGAGUAAUAGAGAACUUAACAAUAACUAACUUGGAUCAGUUUCCAAAUCAGCUCAUUGAUGAUGGUGCCAAAAACUGGCCUAAUUGUGAUGGUUUUAAUAAGGGGUUACAAAGUCAUCAUGAACAAAACAAUAAGGAAGAUUACAUUGGAAAUGAGAAUGAGGACACGUUCUCUUUGUUUCUGGAUUCUCUGAUCAAUGAAAAUGUAUUUGCGUAUCAACAACAACAGCAGUGUAAUAUUAUUGGACCAUCUGGUCAACCUGUGAUUUCUUCUUCGCAGGCUUUCCAUCAUGGAAGUAUUUGGGAAGCUGAAGUCACAUCUUCAAUGGCAGCUUUCGGUGAGAAAGAUGGUGCGUUAAAUAGUAAAGAUCUAGCUUGAUCCUGCAGCAGAAGAUUGCUAUAUAAAGAAAAUCAGACUGGUUUGUUACGACUAUAAAUAUGUGCUAAUUUGUGUUAUAGAUGUUGUUCUUAUGAGUGUUGUA